CUCGCCUCUCUCCAGCCGAAAAGAUUCUUCCACUCAACUCUCCAUCAGGGACAACAGCAUCCUCACUAACUCUUCUCACGGAACAAUCCACCAUCGCUAGUUUCCAUCAGUUUCUCAAUCCGUUCGCUUUAGACAUCAACAACCGAAAAAGCAGAAGGAAAAUAUGUCCGCUAAUAUGGCAUCGCCAGUCAAGUUUGAUAUUCCGGCUUCCGCUCGUUCAUUCACCUACUUUUCGCAUUUGCCGCCCGAAAUCCGAGAGCACAUAUGGGAGGAUGCCAUCUUCGAACCUGGCAUGCACUUCCUACGUCUGAGGACUGCGGCUCGAAUUAUUCAUUUUCCCUCACCGAUGCCGCCAGGAUCAUUCGAUGACCAAGAUCCAAAGGACGAAGACGAUUUCCUUCUCGACUUUGCGCGAGAGAUGGUACCUAAGAGGGUCUGGCCCGCCAUCCUAGAGCCCCGAUACCCGACACCCCAAGCCAACAUCUCCAACUACGUCUCCGUCAAUCACGUCCUCAACAAGUUGUCGGCUACUUGCUUCGAGGCAGCCAAAGUCGUUCGACGUCUGACCAAUGCACCUGGUGGCUUGAAGCUAGAGGACGGUCGCGUCGUCUCGCUCGGCGGCUCCUCUGACGUGGUCUGCCUCGAGUACUUGUCCGCCGACGAUUUUCGAAGCUGGUGUCGCAUGUCUCAAUCAAUCAGAUGCAAUCAACUUACCAAUAUCCGCCACGUCGCCAUCCCCUACUGCCACGCGUGGGAAACUAGUGUCAGCGGUUUCCGGUGCGGUCACUGCGGCACCCGCUACUCUGGCCAUGCGACUAAGGUCUACCCUGUCCACCUAUACGAAUUUCUUGCCCAGUGUUUGCCGAACCUAGAGAAAUUCUACUUCAUUGAUUAUCUCAUCGUCGAGAAGAACUCGAGCCUCAAAUCAUCAGAGAACGGCCCAGAUCAAACUACUGCCUCGGAACAAGCCGCUGCCCCGUCGUCAGAUAUCAAACCUCAGGAGUCUGCUAUCCUUGAGCCGUCUAAGAAGCGUACAAAGGAAGAUGCUGCUAACGGUCGAUUAUCGCCGAACAAAGUGGCUGACUUGUUCGAGACAUUGGAAGUGACCAACAACACAAAGCGAGAGACCGAAUUCUCAAGCACUGACCCGACAGUGAAAUUCGCACCAUAUGGUUUCAAAUGUGAAGGCAGAGUCUUUUAUGAACCAAACGAGGAUCACUGGGACGUCAAGUCUAGAGUAGUCGACACCAUAUCCUGGCUACAGAAGAGGUUCAUCCUCUACGCCACCCAAAGCAAGAACAGCAAGCAUACACACCCCAAGAAGGUCCAAUUCAAGAUUCUGGCAUGCAAAUGGAACGAAAGGGAACCCGAUACACAGCCGAGGCUAAAAAGAACUGCACCUUCUGCCAAAAAGGCCUCGACAAAGAAGCCGCGACCACAAUGCUGCUCCAAGCAAGAUGUGCCACCAGUUCAGGAUCGCAAGGCCCCUUUGGCUUCACCAUCAUCGCUAUCACUUUCCAUCCGUGCCGACGGUUUCGAUUACGUUUUUGGAAGAGAAGAUGGAUGUAACUUUGUCUUCAGCCAAGCAUCUGGAUUGUAAUGGACUGGCUACAGCCAACUCUGGGUUUGGCGUGAUGCGGGUUGGAAAAGUUCAAGGGCGGAGUCUAAAGGGGAGGAUGAGAUCUUUCUCGACCCAACAUCCAUGGCGACAGCGAGGAACAAACCUCGGGAUUCUGGCGUUUCUAAAGCACGGAGUGUGAGCUGUGUUCAUGUUGCCGAUGGCGACCACGAGCUGCUUGGCACUGAGGGUGUAGGUAAUCCUAGAAAGACCCCUUAAUAUUAACGGUAGCACACGACGGGCCCCCUAUGUU